UCGAAAUGUGGAAGGUUUCAACUCACGGAGAAGAAGAAGAAGUCAGAUUUGGUGGUCUCCCCAGGGGUAUAUUGGUCAUUUCGCAACAGGACAUGGCAAACCACGUUUAUAUGCUCGAAGAAAGGGAGAGGGGAGACGACGGAGAGUCCGAGACCGAGGAAGAGAGAUGGCAUUCGGAGACGGAGAAGAGAUCAGACUGCUGGUGGAUGACCGUGGGAUGUCUUCCCCCUGUUCGCCUGCUGCUGCUUCCAUGUGUCUCUGCAGGAUAUGCCAUGAGGAGGAGGAAGAGAGGUCCACGACCAUGGAAUCCCCCUGUGCUUGUUCCGGAACCCUAAAGAAAUUUGAACCUGGAUAUACCAUUCCUGAGAAGAAGGCCUCGGUUGAUGCGGGUGUGACCAUCAGAGGAAGCUUGGAGGUGCCCAGGCUCAAUUAUGACCCUCACAACCCAGAGUUCAUCAGUGACAAUAAUUCCGACUUUGAGUGCGCAGAGGUCUCUCCUGCAUCGCGCAGGCAUGCCUUGUACAUCCGAUCGAUCGCCCUCAUGUUCAUGAUCGUAUUGGUGAUCAGAAAUCUCGUUGCUGUGAUCACUGUUGGUGCCGAUCACUAUGCAUCUACCGUUCUCACUGUGCUUUUGCUGAGAGCCAGCGGAAUCCUACUGCCAUUCUACUUGGUGAUGCAGUUCGUUUCGGCAUUGCAAGAAGCACAGCAGCAGGAUCAGCUGCGGCGGUUCCAUAUAGUAGAUGCAUGGACCAGUCGUAGAUCGGAAGAAGAGGAGCACAGGAUCCAAAUACCUUCAUGACCACAUCUUGACAUCACUCAAUAUUUUGUGAAAUCUUUUUUUUUAUUCUUCUCUCUGUUGAGUUUCUGAUUUCAUAGUACAUUUGUAUACUUCCCUUUGCCUAAAUCUCCACGGUUAGUGGAAUUACCCCUCAAUUCCUUUUGUUGUUAUCAAAGGAAAUGAAAAGAAGAAAGAAUUUACCA